AUUACGUCUCGCAACUCUCGCGAGAGUAGAAGGUUUGAAAACAGGCGGCAGCGUCACGAAGGAGAGGAAACGAAAGGAAAAGAGAGGAAAAGUUGCAUUUGUUGAAAAACGCACAUUGGGCUCUAGUUUUCGUCGCUCGAGGCCCUGGAGCCCAGCGAGCUGCCGUUAGUUUGUCGUUGAAGUCGUGUCGGUAAAGACCCUCCGGUGUUCCACUCAGGCUUUCCACGGAGGAGAGAUGACCGCGGACACUGAGGUCGAGAUCAAGGACGCGUUCCAUCGGGCGCAGAGGGGCCACAACAACAAGGCGAAGCUGGUGGCGGGUCUGAAGAGCCGCUACGACAAGCUCGAUGAUAAGACACUUUUCCAUGAGGAUUUCCUCCACUGCCUGAAGCACGCCAUGAUUGUCUACAAGCGUGAAACUACAGUGGAAAACAUCAUUGAGUUUGUCGCACGGUUCGCCACAAGUUUCCAGUCUCCUCCUAAAACAGAGGAGGAGGAGGAUGAGGAGGAAGAGGAAGAAGCUGAGGACGAUCAUCCCUUUCUGAGUUUCAUCUUCAACUUCCUAUUGGAGUCUCAUAAAGCCAAUAGCCAUGCGGUGCGUUUCCGUGCAUGUCAACUGAUCAAUAAGUUGCUGGGCAGUAUGGCAGAGAAUGCCCAGAUUGACGAUGACCUCUUUGACCGCAUCCACCAAGCCAUGCUGGUCCGUGUCACCGACAAGUUCCCCAAUGUCAGGAUUCAGGCUGCUUUGGCCAUGACGCGUCUGCAGCAGCCAAAAGAACCUGACUGUCCCACCAUCAACGCCUACAUGUUGAUUCUGGACAAUGAUUCUAACGCUGAGGUACGACGUGCUGUUCUCUCCUGCAUUGCGAUGUCCCCACAGACCCUCCCCAAAGUGCUCAAACGAACAUGGGACAUCAAAGAGAACGUCCGCAAGCUGGCUUACCAGGUUCUAGCUGACAAGGUUCACAUUAAAGCUUUGACUAUUGCACAGAGAGUGAGGCUACUGCAGCAGGGUCUCCAUGACACCUCAGAAGCAGUGAGGGAGGUGGUUUGCUCUCGUCUGCUGCCUGCCUGGCUGCUUCGGCUGGAGGGUAAUGUCAUCGAGCUGAUCCACAGGCUGGACGUAGAGAACUGUGCCCAAACCGCUCUGGAUACACUGAGAGCCAUCUUCAGAAGCUCUCCUACUGAGAAACUGCUGCAGGACGGGCUGCAGCUCGACUCCAGGAAACUGCUCCCCGUGGACUCUCUGACCUGCGAGAAUGUGCUCUACUGGAGAGCUCUGUGUGAAUUCGUCAAGGCCAAAGGAGACGAGGGUGAUGAAAUGCUGGAGCAAGUGUUGGCAGAUGCUGCCACUUACGCCGACUACAUCUAUGGAUAUCUGAGGGCAGUGCCUGCGCUGUCGGAGGAGCAGAGGGCCGACUUCACCCAGCUGGAGCUGGUCAUGACCAAAGAAUUCAUCUCUCAACAGCUCAUCCAUCUCAUCGGAUGUCUGGAUACAAACGAGGAGGGUGGCAGGAAGCGCGUAUUGGCUGUUCUGCAGGAGAUGUUGGCUCUUCCGCAGACCCCCUCCUCCCUGGUGUCCCUGCUCACUGAGAAACUCCUCGCCCUCAUCUCCGAUGACCAGAGACGCGUACAGAUCGUGGCAGAAAUCAUCUCGGACGUGAGGGAGCCCAUCAUGGAGGCCAGUCAACCGGUGGACGAGAACGAGAGCCGCCGGCAGCAAGUCCAGCUAGCAGAGGUGAAGGUGCGUAUCCUGGAGGCCAAACAAACCCUGGAGGACUACAUCGCUGCUCAGGAGUUCAGCCGUGCAGCGGAGCUGAAGGACUCUAUCACAGAGCUCGAGAACCGCAGGAACCAGAUCAUCCAGGACAUCGCAGAGAGCAACCAGCCGGCUGACAAGGAGAUCCGCACAGAGAAGAAUGACCCAGAGACUCUUCUGAGGUGCUUGACUAUGUGUGCUGAACUGCUGAAGCAGAUGAGCAUCAAGACUCGUAUUGGACCAACCAUAAGUGCCUUAAUGUCCUCAUUGGUCCUGCCAAGUAUAGCAAAUGCUCACCCUGCUGUCCGCAACAUGGCCGUUGUGUGCCUGGGAACAUGCAUUCUGCACAGCAAGGAGCUGGCCAAAACCCACUUGGUCCUGCUGCUACAGAUCGCACAGCUGGACGAGGUAAAGAUCCGUAUCAGUGCUCUGCGGGCCAUCAUCGACCUGUUGCUGCUGUUUGGUUUCCAGCUGCUCUCUGAAACAACUGCCGCUCAGACGGCGGUGCCCGCCCACUCUCCGGACGGACGGGAGGAGGACGCAGCACCAGUGGCUGAGGAGAAGGCAGGGGACACUGCUCAGAGUAUCCUUGUGAUGCUCUCAGAGUUCCUGGACAGCGAGGUGUCUGAUCUGCGUACGGAAACAGCAGAGGGCCUGGCCAAACUCAUGUACACUGGCCGCAUCUCCAGCGCCAAGAUGUUCUCCCGUCUGGUGUUGCUGUGGUACAACCCCGUCACCGAGGACGACACCCGCCUGCGACACUGCCUCGGCGUCUUCUUCCAACUUUACGCCCGAGAGAGCAGAGCCCAUCAGGAGGUGGUGGAGGAGAGUUUCCUUCCAACAGUCCGGACUGUGAUGAACGCCCCGGCCACCUCUCCUCUCGCUGAGGUGGAUAUUAGUAAUGUGGUUGAGCUGCUGGUGGAGCUUACUCGACCAAGUGCACUUAUUAAACCCUCAACCAACACCGAGGAGGUGUGUGUCCAUGACUAUUUGGCGGUGCGGAUGUGUGGGGAGAUGAUCAACGACCCCACUGCCCCCGAGGUUCGCCUCUACGCCAAGACUCUCAGCAACCUGGAGCUAAGCAGAGACGAGACAGUCCGGAAGGACCUGGAGACGCUGCUGCAACAGCUUCUACAGGUGGUGAAGGAUCGCGUCUGUCACCGUGCUCUGAUGAAGAUGGUCUGUCAGCUACUGGACGCAACGCAACAGGCCGAGCUCCUCAGCGCCUGCGCACUACAACCAGUGGAUGUCAAUGCAGAUGAGGCUGCAACAGAAGAUCCAUCUAAAUCUGCAAAGAGAGGAAAACGAGGUCAGAGGAAAGUGUGCACAGCGAAAGGAGGCAGAAAGUCGAGCAGGAGGGCAGAGUCGUCAGAGGAGAGUGAUGGAGAAAAUGUUCCCGAGUCAGUUCAGCUGAUGCGUCCGUCACGUAGAGCCAAAACUGCAGCUCUAGAGAAAACGAAGCUGGAUCUCAACACCCUCAUCAACCAGGAGGCCAAUGUGUCAUAGAGGACAGGUUAUGAAUGGUCAAUUCUCAAAUAAAAACUACAAUUUGUUACUUUUACUUAGAAUUCAAGUGUUCCUGUUCCAUAUUCUUCAUAAAUAAAUUUCUGUUAUAACAAAAUUACUUUGGCAUCAGUAAGUUGUCAUUUUAAUCAUUAAUGUGAAAUGUGUCAAUAAAGCUUGUCCUUUUAUCACAACCAGA